UCUAUCUUAGGAUCUAUGCGGCUUCAACGGUAGCAAAGACGGACUGCUUGUACCUUUUAAUAGCCACAGAAAGAGCUAUAUAUUUGCACACUGGAUCUUUUUUUUCUACAUGCGACUCCAAUCGGAAUAAAUAAUUGAGGAAUGUGGAAAUUACAGAAUGCCCAACAGCGCUGGAAAGAGAUUUAAACCCACCAAAUACAUCCCAGUGUCCACAGCUGCCACACUCCUUGUGGGAUCGACCACUUUAUUUUUCGUUUUCACGUGCCCCUGGUUGACCAAGGUGAUCUCUCCCGCUGUGCCUCUCUACAAUGGCCUGGUCUUCCUCUUCGUCUUGGCCAACUUCAGCAUGGCAACGUUCAUGGACCCUGGUGUUUACCCCAGAGCGGACGAAGACGAGGACAAGGACGACGAUUUCCGAGCACCACUCUACAAGAACGUGGAGAUCAAGGGCAUUCAAGUCCGGAUGAAGUGGUGCGCCACCUGUCACUUCUACAGGCCGCCUCGCUGCUCGCACUGCAGCGUCUGCGACAACUGUGUAGAGGACUUUGACCACCACUGUCCAUGGGUGAACAACUGCAUUGGACGGAGAAACUACCGCUACUUCUUCCUCUUCCUGCUGUCGUUGAGCGUCCACAUGGUGGGAGUUUUCACCUUCGGCCUCAUCUUCGUGCUGCACCACAGAGAGAGGCUGGGAGCGCUGCACACUACUGUCACUCUGGUGGUGAUGUGUAUAGCUGGACUUUUCUUUAUUCCCGUCAUGGGUCUCACAGGUUUCCAUAUGGUGCUUGUGGCUCGAGGUCGAACAACCAAUGAACAGGUGACGGGGAAGUUUCGUGGAGGAGUAAAUCCCUUCACCAGGGGUUGCUGUGGCAACGUGGAAUAUGUCUUAUGUAGUCCUCUGGCUCCUAGGUACAUGAUGGACCCCAGGAAAAAGCCUCACGUCAGAAUUCAGCCCCCGUUCAUCAGACCAGACUUCUCAGACAGGCAAAUCACCAUCAAGAUCAGCGACAACGGCAUCCAUAGCACCAUCAUUAGCUCCAAGUCCAAAGUAAGCCUGGACCGCCUGGAUGAAAAAGAAACCCAGCCACCGCUGCCACCCAAAGCUGACAGGUUCAACCAGCUGAAAAGCCAGCUGACCUCCAGCGAAGAAAGUUCUCUGUCUGGUAAGACCCACCCUUCCACUCCAGCCAUGUACAAAUUCAGGCCAUCCUUUGGCACCAUGCCGAAAGUCCACUACCACACUGCUGGAGAGAAGAUUAUUAUGCCAGAUGAGCGGAAGACUUCGGCAAUCAUGGAAGAGGGUGUGCGUGGUCAUGACUACCGCUCUGAGCCAAACCUGGACCUGCCUGAGUACACCAAUGCUCCCCUCCACCGCACCUUCAAGUCCUCUCCCCUCCAGCUGGACUCUGACCUCAACUCCCGCUCACUCAGCCUGAAGCAGGCUCACCAUCGGCCGGAGAAAAGGCAGCUACCGGCCCUGCAGCCCCAGACAGUCACCUCCACCCCUUACAAGAGUGUCUUCUCUCCCAACACACUCUCCAACCGUAAUGGAAGCCUGUCCUAUGACAGCCUGCUCAACCCUAGCAUCUCCCCAGCCACUGCCAGUGAGUGCAUGUCCCACCGUGGUAUGCCCUCCAUGGGGUUCCACUCGCCCUACCUGCCCACCAAAAUGUGCCACAUCCGGGAACCUGAAAUGCAGAGGCAGCAGGUUGCCCCCACUUACAGCCCUGUGAUGCCACCCAGGGGGAUGGGCAGGCAAUCCCCUCACCCACGGGACAGGGACCCAUCUCCAGUACGCUACGACAACCUCUCCCAGACCAUCAUGGCUUCCAUCCAGGAGCGAAAGGAGAUGGAGCAGAGGGAGAAGCGGCAGAUGUUGCACGGGCGCUCUCAGACCCACAUCUACGCCCAGGACUCUGGCAUGUUUGAAGGCUCAGGGGGGUAUGGCCUACCCCCAAAUCCUUGCCACCAAGAUGGGCCUCGCGGCCCCAUCUCCAGAGGACCAACACCCCCAGCCUAUGGAGGCUCCAGAGACAACCUGAUGGGGGUUGGGCUGGUGAGCUAUGGCCAGCGAACCCCUGUGUUGCGCCAUGCCGGCUCCACUCUGGGCCGUGCCCCUAGGACUUCAUCCACCUCCCUACACACAGAUCACAGUAGCUCCAACAGCAGCCAGGGUAGGGCCACUGGCCUUGAGGGUCUUUAUCGCUCUCCAGCCCACCAGCCACACUCCCCUGCUAUGCCCCGAUCCCCUUCCUACUCCCACCAGAAACUCUCAUACAUCAGUGCCCUUGAGAGGACAGACUCACCUCGUCUGGGGGGUCCAAGAGAGGCCAUGAAAGUUAAUGGGCAGAUGGACUGCCACCCGAGUUCCCAGGGUUCCACCCUGAGCCCCAGUCGCCACAGUAACGUCAAAAAGGUGACAGGUGUAGGAGGCACCACCUAUGAGAUAUCAGUGUGAGCAGGGACACUGCAUCCACCCGCGACGACAACGACCACCCUGAUGCAAAGAGAUUCUCCCCUCUGUUAUUUUUGUGAAGUCUAGAUAAUGGCAAGUCAGGGGCACAUAGCACUCUGUUUUGGGGUUAUCGUCCAAUCACAGGAUCUGUCUGCUCUUGUGAAGGGCCUGUCUAGCCAAAUGCCCGAGUGUGUUUGUAACCGAGGGGGUUGGUUGUCAGUUGAUACCGCUGCAAGCUGUAUGUGUGAGGCGUGUCUUGUCGUUAACAUUUUGUGGCUCAUCAUCUUGGUCGUAAGAGUGGACCGUCCAACAGAUUGUCGAUGUUAUUACUGUUGCCUACCAGCUGUGGUCAUACGUUGUUCCAAAUGUCACACACAAACUUUGUUCCAGCGAGCGUUAAAAAAGGCUGGAAAAAAAACACUGCAGAUGAAUUAAACACCGACAUCCUCACUACGGACUUCUGUCAGAAGACUAAUCCUUUUCCAUGUCGAUUGACGUCAAGGUGCUUCACAUUAACCUGUACUGUUCAUGUAAUCUCCAGAGUAUGUGAUGGAGUUGUACAAGCUUUGAGAGAAAAGCGCAAGCAACACAAUGAGAAAGCGAGAUGAGAAGCUGGGAAAGAGGAUAUAUAGAGAGCGGGAAAGUCAUCGUAUCAUGUCUGGUGGUUGCAUUCCGAAUUCCGAAUGAGAAAUGCUUGCAGUUAAUAAAAAGUAAAAUAAACUCAUUUUGUCAUUGUUUAAAAAAAAAAAAGAA